GUUAUGAAUACAAUAAUAAUUUAACGUACAAUAAAUAAAUCAUAUUUUAGUCCUAAAUAACUGGGAUAACAUAAAAAAAACGCUAUGGCGUCAUUGAACAAAGUUUUACUACAACCACAACUCCCAUUAUUAACUGCGAAACGAUUCCGCGGAAAGAUCAACAUACAGAGGCCUCGAAUGCCUCACUUUGAGAAACAACUUCUAAUUGAUAUAUCCAAACCUUAUUACGGGCCCCCAAAAUAUAAACUGCCGGAAGUUCUUCGCUGUGACAAAGGAGAAAAAAAGACAAAUGUAGAGAUUGAUAACCCAUUCGAAAGAAUAUUAGCCUCUGAAUGUUUGAACUGGUUCAAUACAUCAAAAAUGGUUGUGUUUUUACAUGUGAAUUCUAUAAGUAUGGAGGACAAGACGCCGAUUUUUGCUACAUUAGUCAAAAAUAAUAUGCAUUUAAGAACAUAUGGCAAGAAAAUAGUUAGCAUGGCCACAAAAGGAACCCGUUAUGAGGCAGUCAACCAUCUGUUCACAUCUCAUCAGAAUAUUAUAUUUGGGCAACCAGAAAAUGCUUCAAAAAUGUUUAAAAUAUUAAAAAAGGCUCCACAGUUAGUUGUUAUGGCUGGCAUCAUACAAGAUAGAUUUAUGUCCAAAAACGAACUACUGGAGUACAGUCAAAUGCCAUCCUUAGAUGUUGCUCGAAGCCAGCUGUGUUCAGUCCUCGACAGUGCUGGAUCUAGUGUUGUUGGCCUGUUGAAUAGAAGUCAGCAGACACUUGUUUCACAUCUAGAGCAACAUGUAGAAAUUACGAACUCCUCCAACAAAGAUGGCGCCAAAGAGAAGGCUGAUGGUGCAGAUAGCUGAAUAUAUACUAUUUAAUUAUUGUAGAUAAGACAUGUACAUUAAGAAAAAUACUGUUGAUUAAUGUAUCCUAACAACUUUUAUUUCCCACAUACUGCAUGAACAGAAUCUGUCAUUCUGGUGACCUUCUUUUUAGGUAAUAUUAUUAUUGUUCGUUUUAAAAAGUAUUUUGGUGUAAUUGUGUCAUACUCCAUUCAGUGACACCUGUCGGGCCUCUCUUGGAUUUGGCUUUUGCCCUGAAAACCCAUAGUGUACUUACCAGUGCCAUGUCAAGUUCAGUAUAUGUUUAUAGACCCUAUGUGCUGGUAUUUUAGUGUAAUUAUAAUACCAAGUGUAGGUAUAAUAUCGAGUUUGAUGGGCAAUGUAGAGCAUAAUUGAUUACUUUUGUAAUUAGAAAUAGCAAUUGGGAUUUUAUUUAAUCCGAUUACUUGUAAUCAGAUUGAAUGAAAACCACCAAAUUAAUAAGUAGUUGCAAUUACAUGAUUACUUUUGUGAAAUCGCAAAAUAUGCGAUAUAAAUGGAUAACUAUUGCCACAAGACAUAAAUCUUGAUCUCGUUGACUUACGAGUUUGAUUUUUCACAGCUGGAAGAGACCGUAACCCCAAUUAUUUUAAAUAAAUUUCAACUUGAUGACUACACAUUCCUGAGAAAAAAAAAGUGGUCCUAAAAUGGUUCCUUUAAGGUAUGGAACCCCGGAAAGCAAUCAAUUUUACUAAUUAGAAUUAUAAAAAUUUGAUUGUUAAUCCAAUAACAAAUUUAAAAAUGUACUUGUAUCCAUUAAUGGAAUUUUGGGGUUUAAUUUUCCCAGUUAUUUGUAAUUGUAAUCCCAAUUACAUUUCGCAAUCGUAAUAAUCGUCAAUUCCUAAUCCAAUUACUUAUGGCUCAACAUUCCUGUUGAGUACAAGCGGGCGGUAGUCAAUUAUAAUAAUCACCGUAAGGUGGCCAACUUGCUCGAUAAUAAACCUGAAACUUGGUUAAUACAAAUUUUAUUGGAGUUGAGACAAUUUACAAUAACUUUUGCGAAGCGCACUCACAAGAUGAAUAAAAGAACAACGUUUCAAAUUUUAUAAUAUUGUAAGUAUCGAGCUAUAUCAUUUCGCUGGUUGACUAUAAUUACAAAGUCUUAUGUUAUAUUUUUGCACAAAUCGAAUUAUAUAUAUUUUAUGUACUUUCGGUAAAAAUAUCCAAUAAUCACGAAAGAUAUAAAGGCGAUGGCAUGA